CAUGGCGGAUGCUCUUUGCAAAGCACAACCUGGCAUUGUCUAUUUCGAAGAAGACCCAGGGGUAACAGACUUUGUUUUCCUUAUAGAAGAUAAGAAGAUCCAUGUGACCAAAUCAAUCCUGAUGCGAGCUUCUCCAGUUUUCCGUGCCAUGUUCACGUCUGACAUCAAGGAGAGAAACGAAAGUACAAUUCAACUCCAGGACAAGAAUUACGAGGAUUUUGUGUUGUUUCUGAGAUGUUUUUAUCCUGGGGAAUAUGUUGAACUAAAUGACAGUCUUCUAGCACAAGUUCUUCCCUUGGCCAAAGAGUACAAGAUUGAAACAUUGUUGGCAUCAGGGCACGAAUGGUUGCAGAGAGAAGCAAAGGCUCACCCGAAUAACAUUCCUUUUUUAAUGAAAUGCUUUCAUUUUGCAGUAGAAUUCGAAUUCAUUACACUUUACACAAAAAUGUUAAACCGCUUGAAAGACGUCAAUCUCAGUGUGUACAAAAAUGACAAAUUCUACAAGAGUUUGCAACUAGAGAAUAAAGCAAUCUUACUGGAAGCACAUUGCAAAUUACUUGAAACAGAAAAUGACUCAUUGGAGACGAAAAACGAGAAGCUCAGCAAAACACUAGAUAGUAUUAAAAGUCAGGUACCUACUCAAAUCACAACUGCUUUCAGACUUGAGACUCAUAUUAAUCUACAAUGCUGCCCAUAUUGCAGACCUUUCAGAUAAUUUGUUCAAGUUACGCAUUUGGAAAAAAAAUUAUAGAUUGAUUUAUAGGUUUAUCUAUUUGCACGAUGUUGUGAUUAAAAGUAAUUCAAGUGUGAAAAAGAAGCCACAAAUUUCUGAUGUGCGAGUUGCCGUGUUUAGAAAUGACAUAUACAUGUACUUAUAUACUGCUUCAAUUCAAGCUUUGUUAUUUAUAUAUAAAGUGUUUCUUGUAUUAUUGUGUACAGAAAGGUGUAGGUCAACCAAAACAAGAAGACUGUAUCUUCCGUAACACGGACAAAAUGAAUGGAAAACAGCCGAUAUGAAAGAUUUAUAACUUUCUUUGACAAUUGUAACGAAGAAGAAACUUUUGUGUGUUGUGCUUUAACUA